AUGCCCCAUCCGGGAACGAGAGUGGUGCGAGGGAAAAAGACCUUUGUUCCCCUUGAGAACAACCCAGAGGUUUUCCGGCGGCUGGCCAGCAACAUGGGCCUGUCCCCUCGCCUAGACUUCUUUGACGUGCUGGACGUCAACGACCCCGAGUUGCUAGCGUUUAUCCCACGCCCCGUCCAUGCAAUUAUUUUCCUAUGCCCUGAAGACGUCUAUCAUGCAACACGUGACGAAACUGAGGAACAAAUGGAAGAAUAUCAGGGCUGUGGCUCGGCCGAGCCGGUUAUGUGGUUCAAACAGACAAUCGGCCAUGCAUGCGGGUUGAUGGCGUUCCUUCACAGCCUUAUGAAUAAUGGUGCUGGAAGGAGCUGCAUCCCGCCAGGAUCACAACUUGAUAGGAUCCUCCAGUCGUCCAUUCCACUUCUCCCGGAAGCUCGGGCAGACUUGCUAUACGAGUCUGAUUUCCUUGAGAUGGCACACAUGAAUGCUGCCGGUAUCGGUGACUCAGCAGCACCACUGCCUGAAGACCCAAACUAUUUCCACUUCAUGGCGUUUGUCAAGGCAGAUGACGGCCAUCUCUGGGAACUCAACGGCGGCUUGCCUGGGCCCAUCGAUCAUGGCCUUCUGGAACCAGACGAAGAUGCCCUUAGUCCAAGAGCGCUGGACAGGACAGUGCGCCAGUUUAUUAGCGGACAUGUUCCGGAUAUUAGACAUAGCAUCGUCGCACUUGGGCCAGCUUAA